CACGACGACACGUGCGGCGGUGGUCUCCGCUGGCAGAUUCCUCCCACCAACCCGGGAUACAGCUACAAGAACAGUAUUGCCAAUGGCUGCUUCUUCAACUUGGGCGCACGCCUGGCUCGAUACACUGGCAACACGACGUACUCGGACUGGGCCGAGAAGACUUGGGAUUGGAUGAUCAGCGUCGGGUUCCUGAACAAGGAAAACUAUGCCAUCUACGAUGGCGCCGACGUGUCCAACAACUGCACGCAGAUCAACAAGGCCGAGUUUUCGUACAACAACGCGGUGUGGACUCUGGGGGCGGCCUACAUGUACAACCACCAGACCGGCAGCGACACGUGGAAGUCUCGGCUCGAGAAGCUGGUCGACCACGGCCUCGAGACCUUCUUCCCGGACGGCAUCGCGUACGAGCCGUCGUGCGAGGGCGUCGGCACCUGCACCACGGACAUGGUGUCGUUCAAGGGCUACAUCCACCGCUGGUACUCGACCAUGACGCAGCUGGCGCCCUUCAUGGCGCCCAAGGUGCUGCCCGUGCUCAAGACGUCGACGGAGGCGGCCAUCAAGCAGUGCACCGGCGGGGCGCUGGGGCGGCAGUGCGGCUUCAAGUGGAACACGGGCAAGUACGACGGUAGGACCGGCGCCGGCCAGGAGAUGAACGUCGUGGGCGCCGUGUCGUCGCUGCUCAUUGGCGACGCCGCCGUGCCCGUCACGGGCGACUCGGGCGGCACGUCCAAGGGCAACCCCAACGCGGGCAGCAAGCCCAACAGCUUCCAGAGGCCGGAGACGCCGGUGACGGCGGGCGACAAGGCCGGCGCGGGCAUUGUUACUAUUAUCAUCAUUGGGUCGCUGUGUACGGCGCUCACCUGGAUGAGCAUCGGUGCCUGA